AUGUCACUUCCAUCAGCAUCAUCGUCCUCCUCUAGCCUGGACUGUGGCGUUGACGCCGCCAAACUAGAAGCAGCCAACCGCUAUUUCCGGUGGAACUUGUUGUUUCUAUCAAUGAUUUUCAUCUUCCUUUGUUUCCCCAUAUGGAUGCCCUUUGUUCCUGAAGUUAACAAAGUUACCAAUGUUGUUAUAGUAGUUAUGAUCGGGCUUUUCCAACUGGUCUGGCUGAUAGCUACCAUAUGCGCUAUUCGUCGAACACUAGCUAUCAACGCCCGAAACAAACUCAAGACUACGAAGGUCCAAGAUGUCGAAGCGGCUGUCGAAAAGGUCAAUGACCACCCCAACAUACAUCACAUCGUUGCUAUGACCCUAUACAAAGAGCCUAUGAGUGUACUGUCAACCACUCUGGACUCUCUUGUCCAGCAGGAAUGUGCCACAACCCGCCUGUGUGUUAUUGUUGGCAUGGAGUCUCGCACACCAGAUAAGGAAGCUAAACGAGACGAGAUCUACACUAAGUACGAAAACAAGUUCCUUCGUCUCAUCGUUACCUUUCAUCCCGCAGACGUUCCCGGUGAGAUACCCGGGAAAUGCUCCAAUAUGAACUACGCAUGCCGGCAAGGACUACAAAUCCUCCGCGAAGAUGCCGACUACAACUAUGGGGAAUACGAACACAUCUUCACCAACUGCGACUGCGACGCCGUCUUUGAUCCUGAAUACAUGCUCGAGCUGGAAAUAGAAUACUGCAAGCUAGAUACUGCCGACCGACAUUCCUCCAUCUGGCAAUCUAUCGUUAUAUACAAACGCGACUCAAUGCCCUUCUUCGUCGACAUUACCGGUGUCUUACGAACCUUCUUCUUCAUGGGUGUCUUGAUUCCUUGGAACAUCAACCCCAUGUCUCAUUACUCUCUAAGUGUCAAGCUGCUGGAGGAAGGUGCCUUUACGCACCCAGCUUAUCAGAUGGAGGACAUCAUUGCCUUGAUACGUUAUACCAUCAUGACAAAACGAGAGAUACGAAUUAGACCACUGAACCUCAUUUCUAUCAACGGUCCAACCUCCGGUAGCAACUACGCCGAUGAAAUUCGUGAAUGGGCUCUUCAAAUUCGUCGAUGGACGAUUGGUGCUGGAGAAGUCUUCCACUACUUCAUCGUCAAGACUUACCGCAUGCCUAGUCUCUAUCUUUCAAUGAGUUGGGCCAGUCGCUUUUUUAUCUACUAUGGUCUUGUUCUUUGCGCCAGCGCCAUCUUCUCCGUUCUUUCGCCCAUCAUCGUGCAGCUUGUCAACAUGGCGGCUGAUAAACAUGAUCGACUAUUCAUCAGCGAUUCCCUUUUUACAACAAUCAGCCUCAUCUUCUUGGGGUCUCAAUAUGCGUUCUUUUUUGUUGCCACUGUCCUUGUUCGCUGGAGCUUGCCCGUUCCGGGAGAUGGUAAAGACGAUUACAACCGAGGUCUUGGGGGGGUGUCAAGAGGUCUCUUGCAUUGGAUCUUGAUGUUGCCAACUAUCAUUGCCUACAGCUUUGUGGAGUUGUACUCUUUCUUCGAGCUGGCUUUCAGGGGGAAGAAUGUCUGCAAACACAAUGCUGCUAACAAAAGUAACUUGGUUAUUGUGGAAGGCAACGGGAGUGUUCGAUAG